AUGAAGUCCGUUUUAAUUACAGGUUGUGGAAAGGGAGGCAUCGGCGAGGCCUUGGCUCUUCAGUAUCGCGCUCGAGGUUGCACUGUUCUGGCCACUGUUCUGCCCUGGGAAUCUAGAGAGCAUCUUUCUUCCGUUGGCAUCGCUUGUUUUGAGUUAGAUGUGACGAAAGAUGACUCCGUCCGAGCCUUGCGCAAAGCAGUCGAGGAGAAGAUUGGAGAUCGACUCGAUAUUCUAGUGAACAAUGCUGGGAUCUGCUAUACAAUGACCGCCAUCGACACCGAUGUUAAACAAGUGCAACAGAUGUUUGACGUCAAUCUCUUCGGACCAAUUCGAAUGGUAAAUAUCUUCCACCCCUUGCUAAUUCUAGCCAAAGGGUGUGUCGUCAAUAUUGGCUCUGUCGGAGGGGUUGUACCCUACAUGUAUGGCUCUUCAUACAACGCUAGUAAAGCUGCACUACAUCACUGGGGAAAUACACUCCGAGUGGAGAUGAGCCCAUUGGGCGUCCGAGUCAUCAAUAUUAUAUCUGGCAAUAUUGGCACCAAUAUCCUUGACCGUGAUUCAUCGCGUACUCUCCCUCCAGACUCAUUCUACGCUCCUCUGCAAACGGAGUUCCAAGCGCAUGUCCAACGAGUACCCGAUACAACCGAUCGCAUGGUGUAUGCCAAAUCGGUGGUGCAGCAGUCACUAAGAGCAUGUCCACCAGCCUGGCACUGGGUAGGCAAUACCUCGACCCUUGUGUGGUUUAUGGAUAUCUUCGCGUUUCGCACUAUCUGGGACUACGUGCUAUGGCCUGUCUUUAGUCUGGGGAAAUUAAAGCGCGCGAUGAAAUCCAGGUCUAUCUAG